AAUGAGAAACAAAUGACUUUUCCUCAAAAGCAAACCGUUCUCCUCAGUUGUGAUGUGAGCUCUUUGGAGUUAGCAUACAGUGCAUUUGUUCUCUACGUGGACCGCUCGGAUCGACUUAAACUUCAUCUCGAUCAGCCCAAGCGUGUGUGAUUGUGACACUGUCCUUGAGCGAGAGGAGGGAACGCUGAAGUGUGUUAAAACGCAUAUGGGGAUUAUCUUUCCCCAGAGAAUUCCUCUUUAAUGCAUGCUGUGCUCCAGCCUCAUGGAAUUAGCCAUCUUUAAUCCUAUUUGCUCAGCUACAUUCACAAUCUCUUCAUAGCUUUGAUUCCUCGUUAGAGCGCAGAACUAUGGACUGUUACUGAUGCGGCUGCUAUUGUGCGCAGACUGUGUUAAUUACAGCAGAAUCUCGCAGGACUCGGGCUGCUAAUGUCACUCGGUUCAGACUCAUCUUGAAAACCCCACCAAGUACCACAUCCAGCAGGCUCAGCGGCAGCAGGUGAAGGCGUAUCUGUCCACCACUCUGGGAGGAAAGCAGGCGGUGAGUUUGCCGUGUCCUAGCCAGGCAUCUGAUCACGGGGGAAUGCCUCCGGGGCCGGGAAACAGCGCCCCCAACAGUCCCAUGGCCUUACUGACCCUCAACCCCAACUGCGAGAAAGAGAUGGACGAUGUCAUUGACGACAUCAUUGGUUUGGAAUCAAGUUACAGUGAUGACAUCAUGGGACUGUCGCUGGACCCCGGACUUCAGAUGGCAAACACGAUCCCGGUGUCUGCGAAUCUGCUGGACAUGUACAGUAACCCCGGUCUGCCUCCUCCAGGAAUCUCCAUCAGUAACUCCUGUCCUGCCAACAUGACCAGCGUUAAAAGGGAAUUCUCUGUGACUCCAUCUCCAGCCCUGAUGCACAUGAUGGACAAGCCCAGCUCCUGCAGCAAGUUCGAGAGCUACCAGAGGCCUGAAGGCUUCCCUGUGGAGGUAGAAGUUCGGGCUCUCGCAAAGGAACGGCAAAAAAAGGACAACCACAACUUAAUCGAGAGGCGACGGAGAUUCAACAUUAAUGAUCGAAUCAAAGAACUGGGCACUCUGAUUCCCAAAUCAAACGACCCGGACAUGCGCUGGAACAAGGGCACGAUUCUGAAGGCGUCGGUGGAUUACAUCAGGAAACUGCAGCGAGAGCAGCACCGCACUAAAGAGCUGGAGAACCGGCAGAAGAAGCUGGAGCACACAAACCGCAACCUCUUGCUCAGGAUACAGGAGCUGGAGAUUCAGGCUCGAGCUCACGGUCUGGCCAUGGCUUCAUCAGCUCUGUGUGCAUCAGAACUCGCGGCGCGGGCCAUCAAACAGGAGCCACUACUGGGCGACUGCAGUCAGGAUAUGUACACAAGCACCCACGCGCACCCGUCCUGCGCCGACAUGAGCCGCUCCAGCACCCUGGACCUGAACAACGGCACAAUCAGCUUCAGCGACACACACCUUUCAGACACACACGCCGCCAAACUGGACGACAUCCUGAUGGACGAAACACUGACGUCUGGAGCCACAAAUGAGUCUCUUAUCUCCGCCGCCUCCAACGAAAGCACGCACAAAGACAGCAUGAACAUGGAGGAGAACCAGCAUGCUUGUUAGUGCCAACGGGGACAAAAAGGUGAUAAAGAGGAAGCUGUUUUAUUAAGUGCAAAGUAACAUGGACCCUUUUCAGAUUAGCGUGUUUCUCAGUGUUGAAGUGGUCAUAGUUAACUCAGAAUGAAUAGGAGAGGACAACACACUUUUAAUGCUGUGUUCACACCAGACGCGGAACGCGCGGAUAAAUUGCGAUAUUCGCGCGUAAAUAGCCAUGUGAACAUUUGAGUCUACUCGAUUCAUUCGCGCGUCAAAUCCGCUUCAUUCGCACGUCUCAAAAUCACUUCAGAACAGACGUGGAUUCGCGUGAUGGGCGGGGCUUCAGUCUGCCCAGUGACUGUAACUUCGUAGCUAAAAUGCUAACAUGGAUUUUAUGAAGAAAAUAACAGUGUUAAUGUGCUUUAUGAAGACUGAAAAACAGCGUUGAUACGUUUAGGGUCGUGUCUGAGUCCACUAGAUUCUUCAGAGGUGCAUCCAGCUCUGUGAGCUCAUCAACUAAUCCUGAAACUGAACCUGGAUGACGGAGGCUUUCAGAGGUGCCUCUGACUUAGCCCAGCCCAGUUUAAUGACUUGUUGUGGGUGUCGCCUGGAGGAUUUCCCCCUGGACACCAUCAACAGGUUCUACGUCACAAUCACGCCCCCACAAAAGCAAGCUCCUGAUUGGUUAACGCGGCGCGAAUGUCCGCUGAAGUUCAGAUUUUCUCCAGCGAUUCGCACGAAUCGCAUAUUAAGCGAAUCAAACGCGCAAAACGAUCAAUUCGCACCGCGUGUAUCGCGCCGCAGGAUGUCUAUUCGCGCGUUUGCAUUGACUUAACAUGUAAAUCACUCAAGCGUUUCGCGUCUGGUGUGAACGCAGCAUUACAAUUCUAUUAGCUGAAAUAAUGAGGGAAAAACUCCAGGAUGGUGUUAUCCAGACUUUCAGAAAGAGGAAAACAAUAGUGUGAGACUGAUAACGGCAGCCGGAAGAGAGAAUCAUGUCAGAUUUACUGUCCCACCUCCGUACACGCUGCAUUAGAAAGGCUUCACAUAAGCGGUAAUUCGUCAUUUUUUAAAUUGAUGCAAAGGUAAUACAAUACAUUCAUAAAUAUAUAUAUAAACCUACAAAGAUGUUUUCAAAUCAUACAUUUUUAAAAAUCGUGAGUUACUGAUUAACGCGUCUUGUGAAAAGGGUCCGUUAUUUUAUGUUUACACUCGUUUUUUUUUUACUGUUUUUAACCUGUCCACCCAAAUUGUGUCCUAAUAAUUGAGAUGCGUGCAUAAUAUCAAAUUAUCAAGGUCAGUAUCCGAUAGACAAAAAAAAAGUGUCUUUAGAAUAUAAUAUAAUCAUCUUUGGGGUCAUUAAAAAGUGCACUUGAAUGGUGAUUCUUUCGCUUGUACAGUAGCACGUCUGCGCACAGUUUAGACGAAUAUUUCGCUUUUUUAUAUUCAUAUAUGUACAUAGCUUUAUAUAUCUCCUUGUAAAAAGGAACGCCUAAAGCAUUACGCUUCCCAUGAACAUAUUAAUCAACAGCUAAUAUCUCAAUGCAUUUAGUAAACGCAAACCUCUGGAAUAUAAAGAGCAGCACUAGUUCAAAUGUGAAAGAAAUUUCAGUAUUUACUCUCGUGUUGUUCUAAACUUUAUUGAAAAAUCAUGUCAAUGACAUAUCAUAACGUUAGCCAGUUCAUCAAAGAUGAUGUCACAAAAACAUCCCAGUGAUAAUGGAUUUAAUUGUCACACGGGGUGCCAGCGUCAACGCUUCCCAUUCACUUUGAAUAGAUGACAUCAGGCGUUGCCGAACUGCAUUGUUCAUCCGUCGGCGCCGCUUCAGAGGU